ACCGCGGCGCAGCGACAAACGCUCUACCUGUUGGGUGGAAAAAUUCAGGGGAAAGCUGUAGUUUGUGUCCGUCACACUAUGGGCCUCACUGACUCCAACGGGUGCCCUCAGCCUACCAGGAUUAGAGUGACCCGGGCAGGUAAAGAGUAUGACAUCACAGAUUUCGUUGACCGCCACCCAGGCGGGCGAGAGGUUUUGGAGCGACACAACGGUCAAGACAUUGAGCAGGUGAUGCAGAGUUCGUUUAGCCAUACCCACAGUCAAGCAGCGUACAAUAUCCUGGAGAAAUACCGUCUGGAUAUUACGGAUAAUCCCUCCAAAACUCAUACAAAUGGACAUUACAGUCAUAUAACAAGCACAGAGAAAAGAAGAUUAGAAUAUAUGAAAAAUGACCUUGUUGAUUGGUCCAAGCCCUUGCUGGGUCAAGUAGAACUACUUGGAGACAAGUACUUUAGCUGGACACACCAGCAGGUGGACUGGCCGGUGCGACUCUUCCAAUCUGACCUAGCCGAGAUGCUGACCAAAGCUGAUUGGUGGUACGUCCCGAUCACAUGGCUUCCUGUUAUCUUCUUCAUGAUUUGGUCAUCUUAUACAAACCUUUCUCAGGAACCAGAAAUGUGGCCUAAAAAUGCCUUAGGGCACCUGCAUGGACCCCAUUCAAUGCCAUUUUUAUUUGUACUUGGAGUUGCCUUUUGGACCCUCUUAGAAUAUGUAAUUCAUCGCUGGUUGUUUCAUCUCAGGCCUCCAUCAGACUGGCCAUUUUUUAUAAGACUGCAUUUUUCCUUACAUGGUCAACAUCACAAGAGUCCAAUGGAUCCGAAACGGCUAGUUUUUCCACCACUGCCAGCACUUUUCUUUGCUGUUAGCUUCUUUCUGAUGUGCUUGGCCAUUUUCCCAACUGGCAUGGCCCAGAUUAUCUUCUCUGGCAUAGUCUCAGGCUAUGUGUCAUAUGACCUCAUCCAUUACUAUCUGCAUCAUGGAGGCAAGCCAUAUUUGAAUUAUUUUCAAAGACUGAAGACACACCAUAACCUCCAUCAUUAUAAACACCAACAGAAAGGAUUUGGAAUUUCAUCUAAAUUUUGGGACUAUCCAUUUGGUACAGUUAUGCCUGAGGACACAGAUCAAAAUGAGAACAUUCAUGGUAAUUAUGAAAAAGAAAUGAAAUGUUCAAGAUGAAUAAGACCUCCAACUUUUGAGCUUCCUGACAGAACAACAAACAACAUUAGUCCUGAUGAUUGUCUGCAUUCCAAAUUACAAUUAUGUAAAUUACAAACCUUUGCAUUAAUGUGAUACAACAAAAUAGUAGUCCAUUUUACAGUUUGUAUUUUUUAAGCAGCAAAUAUUUUCAUUUGUAAUGUAAUUUUAGUUUAAUUGUAAUUUUAGUUUUUCUU